CUUCCUUGUGUGUUGGUGGGAAACAUGGCGACGGCAGUGGCUCCAUGCGUCUGUUAUCUUCUGUUGGCAUAUUUCUUCCACAUACGCCUUUACCAGCACGCAUCAGCCUCACAGGAGUGUCACUGUACAAGCGGAUGUGACGGCAACUUCCGGUGCAAUGGCGGCUGUCUCCAGGGCUGGUCAGGCCCCACGUGUCAGAUCCGGAACAUCGCUCUGAACAAACCAACACAACAAAGCAGCACUAUCAGUGACUGUUGGUCGGCGAGAACAGCUGCCAAGAGAAAAGUGUGUGAGUACAAGACUUCCUCCCUGGCUGUGGACGGUGUGACCAGCAGCAGGUACUGGUCAGGGACCUGCACACAUACCGCGACAGGCCGGCCAUCCGCCUGGUGGACAGUGGACCUGGGAGAGACACACCUCAUCACCAAUCUCACAAUAUUCUUCUCAAAUAGACAACGAAUGAGAGGUUUCUUUGUACGUGUAGACAGUCAUCUCUGCCAUCAGAGCCAGUACUACCCUCCCAGCUCCCCUGUCAGCAUCAGCUGUGACACCCCUACAUCUGGACAACGUGUCACUGUUCAGCUGCCAACACUGACCGACUCGAAAUACAUUCUCAAUCUGUGUGAAGUGGAAAUAUAUGAGUGUGCUGACUGGAGUUUCGGACCUGGCUGUAGUUCCUGGUGUUACUGUAAGAACACAUCCGAGGUGUGUGACAAAGCCACUGGACACUGUGAGAGUGGCUGUGUUGACGGGAGUUUCGGGCCUGGCUGUAAUUACUGGUGUUACUGUAGGAACACAUCCGAGGUGUGUGACAAAGCCACUGGACACUGUGAGAGUGGGUGCGCUGAUGGAUAUACUGGGACUGGCUGUCAGGAAACUUGUUCCCUGGGACGCUAUGGCCAGGGAUGCAUGGAGACGUGUGGACAUUGUGAUGGAGGGGAUCAGAACUGUAACGAGGUAGAUGGGACUUGUACACGUGGCUGUCAGGACAAGUGGAGUGGAACAUUGUGUAAAGCUUGUUCCCCGGGACGCUAUGGCCAGGGAUGCAUGGAGACGUGUGGACAUUGUGGUGGAGGGGAUCAGAACUGUAACGAGGUAGAUGGGCGCUGUACCCGUGGCUGUCAGGACAAGUGGAAUGGAACAUUGUGUAAAGAGUGCAGUGACUACUGGUUUGGUGGCCGAUGUGACAGAGAGUGUAAAUGUAAGGAAACGUAUGAAGUGUGUGACAAGAAGACAGGUCAGUGUGACUCUGGGUGUGAAGAUGGACGGACAGGACUGGACUGUCAAACACCAUGUCAGAACGGGACCUACGGCUUCAACUGUACAUCCAGGUGUGGGAGAUGUCAGGGAGGAGUGCCAUGUGCGAAGUUAGGAGGAGAGUGUGCCAAGUGUGAUCCAGGAUUCAUGACCCCGCUCUGUAAACAGUGCAGUAACUUCUGGUUUGGUGUCCGAUGUGACAGGAAGUGUAAAUGUAAGGAUCCUGAUGAAGUUUGUGUCAAGAAGACAGGUCAGUGUGUCUCUGGGUGUGAAGAUGGACGGACAGGACUGGACUGUCAAACACGAUGUUCCAGAGGACGCUAUGGCUUCCAGUGUGGAGGUGUGUGUGGCCAGUGUAAGGGAGGUAACCCCAGAUGCCGUAGAACUGACGGGAGAUGUAAGACCGGUUGUAAAGAGAAGUGGCAGGGAGAUCGGUGUGACGAGUGCAGAGAUGGUCACUUCGGAGUCAACUGUACCCAGUCCUGUCGCUGCCUGAAUGUGACGGAGAUCUGUGACAAGACCACGGGGGAGUGCAGGAGCGGCUGUGAGGCAGGCAGAACAGGGAGGGGCUGUCAGCGAUUAUGCGAGUCCGGCAGUUACGGCCUGAAGUGUGAGGGGCGGUGUGGUCAGUGUUCAGGUGGUCACAAGAACUGCAGUCCCUACAACGGCUCCUGUCACCUUGGUUGUGAGGGCAACUUGGGAGGAAGUCGUUGUGGAGAGUGUACGGACCGUUUCUAUGGGGCUCAGUGCAACUCUAGAUGUGGCCAGUGUCGUGGUUACGCCAUCUGCAGCAAAACGUCAGGCGACUGCCCGGAUGGAUGUGAACCAGGAUGGCAAGGGAUGACAUGUCACCAAGAAUGUCACGAAGGCAGAUAUGGUGACGGGUGUUCUGAGACUUGUGGUCAGUGUGCAGGGAAGUGCAGCCCUGUUACCGGAACAUGUGAUCAGGAGGGUUGCAGUGUUGGGUGGAUGGGGCAGAGAUGUGACGAAGCAUGUACAGACGGUACCUUUGGUCUAAACUGCGGACAACCCUGUGGUCAGUGUCUGGCUGGACAUGUGUGUGACAAGGUGAAAGGACAGUGUCAAGGUUCGAGGUGUGAGAGAGGAUGGAUGGGACCUCAAUGUGGAACAGCCUGCAACGACACUGGCCUCUACAGCUACAACUGCAACGAGACAUGUGGGAUGUGUCUCGGGGAGGACUGCCACCCCAUCACAGGAGAGUGUUCCCGAGGGUGCAGGCCCAAGUAUGUUGGACCGACGUGUCAUCUGAGAGAGCCGCCGAACGUGGGUGGUCAGGCCGGUGUGGGUGUGGCCUACGCCUUUGUUUUUUUUCUUAUCGUGCUGCUGAUCAUCACGUUGUAUCUUCUGAAGAGACGGCAACAACGGAAAUCGACUGGUGGAGUCGCUGCAGAUGCCAUUGUUAAUCCAGCAUUUGCAGGUGAAGAAGGCGUGUCGGAUGAGAAUGAUGAUGACGGCAUUUACGUCAAUGUGGAGAAGACCAAGGUCAAGGUAGCUGAGCUUCGAGAAUACAUCGCCAAGAGAGAGGACAAGUUCGUGUCUGAGUAUGGGAGAGUGCCCAGGGGUCUUAUUCACCCCCACACCGCCGCCAUCAGCCAGGAACACAGAGCCAAGAACAGAUUCAAAGCCAUGUAUCCCUAUGACCACUCCCGCGUUGUCCUGCAGAAGAUCCCUGGGGACAAGAACUCCGACUACAUCAACGCCAACUACAUCAACACCUACAAGAGGAAGAAAGCCUUUAUUGCAACUCAAGGCCCAAUGCCGAAGACUGUGGGCGACUUCUGGAGGAUGGUGUGGCAGGAGGAGACCAACAUCGUCGUCAUGCUCACCAGACUCAGGGAGGGGAUAAAGGUGAAAUGUGAGAAAUACUGGCCGGAGAGGAACAAUCCACUGCAGCUGGCAGACCUGACCAUCACAAACGACGGGGUCGUUGAGAGACCGGACUACUGCAUCAGACAGAUGAUCAUCCAGCACAAGAAGCUGAACGAGCGCCGUCAAGUGAUGCAACUGCACUAUGUCACGUGGCCUGAUCAUGACGUCCCAUCAACCCCUCAGCUCGUGCGGUUCUGGAAGGUGUUCCGCUCAAUGACGGCUGACGGCCAGGCUCCCGUCGUCGCUCACUGCAGUGCUGGAGUUGGGCGGACAGGGACGUUCAUUGGACUCGACGCGAUGAUGGAGCGGGCUUGGCAGGAAGGAGUUGUGGACGUCCAUGACUUCGUCCUCAAGAUGAGAGCUGACCGGGUCAGCAUGGUACAGACAAAGGAGCAGUACCUGUUUCUCCACCAGGUGGUGCUGGAGGCGCUAAACAGCGACAUGACACACAUGACGCCCGCCAUGUUUGACAGACGGUUCAGCACCGAGAACAUGGCUUCUGCACCAGAGGAGGCCAUCUUGAAAAGAGAAUGGGAGAAACUCGUUGAACUGAAAGCAGAAUUGGCUGCCUCUGAAACCGAGGGUGCUCUUCUGUCAGAAAACACGCGGAAAAACCGUAGCAAGGACAUUCUGCCAGCUGAUAAAUGCCGGCCGAUCUUAAGUCUGCCAGUUGCCGGAAGUAACGAUUACAUCAACGCAGUAUUCGUCCCUACGGAGACCCGUCAGAAAGGCCUCCUGGCCACACAGCUGCCUCUGCCCUGGACUGUGGUGGACUUCUGGAGGAUGGUCUUGGACCACAAUGUGCAGACCAUCGUGUCUCUCGUCUCAGAGGAGUGUUCAUCACAGGUCGACGAAGCCCACGUUUGGCCUAAGACAGAUGAGGUUUUGGAGUGUGGACCAUUUCUUGUCAAGAAGACGGAAUCAAAGGACAAGGCUAUAGUUUUGCGAGUCUGGUUAAAGUACGCUGAAGAGAGCACCGAAAAGGAUGUCACAUUGCUGUUUGUGAGUGACUGGAUAGAGGGAGUGGACACGCCUACAAAUACGUCACAGUUCCUGUGCUUCAUCAACGACCUUGCCGCCCGGAACACCUCCGACAACAUCGCCGUCAUGUGCAUGGAUGGUGCCAGCAAGUGUGGAUUGUUCUGUGCUGUGCUGAACAUCAUCCAACAACUGAAGCAAGACCAGGUGAUCGACGUGUAUCUGACAGUCAGAAUCCUGCAGACAGUCAGACCCAGCUUCCUGACUUCCUAUGCACAGUACCAGUUCUGCUACAGGAUGGUUAAGGAACAUCAGAAGACCAUCAACUCUGUGUAUGAGAACUUCCAGAGAUAGGGAGGGGCAUUUCAUCUUCGGUGUCCACAACCGUGACAGAGCCAAACAUUUCAGCGAUCCACUUCAGGCCGAGGAGGGAGAACAAGGGAUUUUUCGAGUGCAAUACCAAAUUACUUAAUACAGUAAACUACGUUUAUAACGAACACUCAUAUAACGAACUGACGGAUAUAACGAACUUACCUUUUAGUCCCGACCAUUUGUUGUAUGUAUGCUGUAUGUAUACUUAUAACGAACUAUGGUUAUUACGAACUAAAAUGAGUGGUCCCCUCGAGUUCGUUAUAACCGUAGUCUACUGUAAAUCAUUACUGUUAUUCAACACAACAUCGGUUAUUUAGAUGGAGCAUAUUUCUUGGACACACAGAACUGCCAAGUUUUGGAAGCAUGAGACAAAACACAGUGUGGUUCAAAAUUGUAUAAAGCCAAUCCGUUGUUUCAUCCGUUUGAUACGUUGCUUCAUUUACUGUGAUUUAUAUAUUCCUCAUUUUAUAUUCAUUUAUUAGUUGUAUGUGAAUUAUGUAUAACCUGUGUCACUAUGUGCAUGCCCAUUCUAAUUAUAUACAAAAAUAUAUUACCGCUACCCCUUGCCAUUCGCAUGAAACUUAAAGAACUUAUUGAAGCCACAAUAUGGUCCAUGUCCAUUUUCUAAAUGGAAGUUUUUUGCAUGAUCGCAUACAUGUGAACAUCGCCUUGGGUCAAAUAGUAUUUGCACUUAGUUCAUGACUAUAUCAUGCUUCCUCUGUUAUCAUUAUUUCUAAACCACAUGCCAUACUAUAGGUAUGAAUGGUUUGUAUAUAAGUCAAGGCUACCUAUGUCAGUUUUAUACCUCAUCAUCAUCAGAAUUUAGUUAGUAAUCAAUGAUAUAUCUAUAUGUAUACUAAAUAAGACAAGGCUAUGUUUAGAUUCAUACAUCAUCAGAAGUAUUUAGUAAGUAAUCCAUCAUACAUGUAUACAUGGUAUAUAAGGCCAGGGUCCACUUGCACAAAGCGAUCUUAGCGCUAAGACUAUUCUAAGUCUAUGUUAAAGUAUGGGAGUUACGGUCAUCUUAGCGCUAAGGUCGCUUUGUGCAAGUGGGUCCAGGUCCUGUUUAAUUUCUACACCAUCAGAAGUUUUUAGUAAGUAAUCAUUGAUGCAUUUGGACAUGGUAUAUAAGGGAAGGCUAUAUUUAUACAUCGUGUGAAGUAUUGAGUAGGUUAACACAAAAGUGGCUCCACUGACAGGGAUUGCAAGGGAUCGCUACUUACUGCUGGCGUUGACAUAAAACGACAUCGGAAGAAUAUGUGUUGCCUCAGAUCCCCA